UGAUGUAAAAAAGCCGCCUUGUUCUCCCAGGAGCCAAUGGAAGAGGAGGAAGCAAAGGAGUGACAGGCCUCAAAACUGGAGAGCUCCAACCCCGGCACCGCAACAGCAAGCGAGACUUGAUUGGUGGAUCCUUAGACUUACUCUGGUAGAAGGCCUUAGAUUGCCCGGCCACUCCAAGGUCGGGCAAAACCUGUGAAUGUACUAUACACUAGGGGGAGCAUCACAUAGCUUGGGCCACUGAAGCUCCCUCUUGAACCCUGAGAAAACUGAAACAGAAGCCUGGAGUCUAGCGUCUUGGGAAGGGUGGUGGUGGGAAUGACUGUGAAGACUUCUUUCGAACCCUGGUUCAUACCUCCCUCUCUUCCCCAUAGAGAAUCCCUGGAGAGUCCUCCAGACAGCUCUCCACAGUACACCUCCAAAUGAGUACUACUCACACAAACAGCUCUCCCCAAGAUGUAGACACACACAUCCCUCCUGGAGGUGUGAUCUCUCAGUUGGCCAUCUUGCCCUCUUGGUGGAAUGAGGACGGGUGUGAGAGGAGCGGGUGCAAGCUACAUCCUUAAAUCUAAGAGAACAAUUCCCUGAAACAGCUGCCCCGGUAGUUAACUGUUCUUUCCCUGAUGAACCCCCAGGCAAAGUUAGCAAAUAAAAUCCAGGAAUACAGACUCAGGUCCCCAAAUGCCUCCACCCCAGGGCCAGGGGAAAAUCGACGGGAUGACUCUCACUAAGCACUGCACAGGAGAAUAAUUGAGAAUGGAAGAAGAUUCCUUGGACUUUGGUCACUUCCUUCCUCACUAGCCCCCACAUCUCCACCCCCAUCUCUCAAGGAGUAGGCUUUGGGGCAAGAGGGUGAGAGAUAUGAAUGCUUUUCUAUCUAUUUAGCUGAUUUUGCCCAAAUGCUCUGGGCCUGGGGAGUGUACCUCUGCUCUCCCUCACAAUGAGAACUGGAACAAGGGCCAGGGCCUUGGCCAGAGAGAUGCUGUUGCCCCUGCUGACUCAAUAUUGGCUGACCACUACCUAGAAAUGAUAAGGUGAUCAAACAGCCAGGGACCUUCAACCUUUAACCUGGCAGAAAUCUAUCAUUCAACUUUUUUUUUUUUUUUUUCCUCCUGCCAGAGCCAGACAGGAGCUGCUUUCUGAAUUUGUUUUAUUGGGGGUAGGGUGUGCUCACUGAUCAGCACCCAGGAGGAUCAUUCUGAGCUCCCAUAUUUUCUCCCCCUGUCUCAUUACACAUUAACUCAGAAAGGGGACAGAGUCAAUCAUACCUGCCCUCUGACCCUAGCCCCCAUACCUCUAAGCCCCAUUCUCCUCACCUCUACCCCUAAUUAGAACUCCCUUUUUCUUUCUCCUCUUUCCCCAAUACCCAUCUGCCAAGUUGUAAUGAAGACGGCUAGGGUGGGAGAGAUGAAAUCUACCCAUGAUGGAAUAAAGAUACCAAGGGCCGAGGGCUUAUAUGUUUAGGCUUUCUUGUUUCCUGCUGCAUUCAAAGCCAAGGAGUGCUAACCAAGAACCCCCCUCCCCCCAAAAAUGAAUGCUAGCUAGGCCUGAAGUUCACCCUCUUGGCCUCCACUAAGGCCCACACCCCUACCUCUCACCCCACCACCAUGAGUCCCCAUGUGUGUUUGUUCUCUCCUCCCCCACUUCUCCAACUUGUUUACUCCAACAUUCGCCCCUGCCCCACUGGGCCCCUCCAUAAUCCCUGUCACCUGACAGGGGGUGGGGAAGCAGACAGGUAUAUAUCCACUGCCUCUGCGGCCAGGCCAGGCACAGACAUCAAGAACAGAGACACUGACUAGGUAGGGUAAGUUAGCAGGAGGUGUGGGCAGUAUCCAAAGAGGGCGGGGUUUUAACUGUGGAAAGGGAAGGAACCAGGUUGGAGUGGAGACCUAGGUAAGGAGAUCCCUGGAGAGGUGUUGAAGACCACUGGUCUUCAAUGCCUCCCAUCCUGUUCCCAGGCCACCUUCCCUACCGCUACCACCAUGAAGCUGCUUGCAAUGACCGUGCUGCUCCUCACCAUCUGUAGCCUUGAAGGAGCCUUGGUUCGGAGACAGACGGAGGAGCCAACUCUGCAGAGCCUAUUUUCUCAGUACCUCCAGACCAUGAGCGAGUACGGCAAGGACCUGGUGGAGAAGACCAAGGCCCCAGAGCUUCAGGCCCAGGCCAAGGCUUACUUCGAGAAGACGCAGGAGCAGCUGACACCCCUGGUCAAGAAGGCUGGAACAGACCUGCUUAACUUCUUGAACAAGUUCAUGGAUCUCAAAACACAGCCUGCCGCCAAGUGAGGUGUCCAGACCCUAUAACACUCACCAGCCAGGCCUAGAGCCCGUCUCUCUACUCACCCCUCUUUUCUAUAAUAAAUACUGAAGAAUCAAGCUGUGAGCCUGGUGUGUUUUAAGGACUGGGGGAGGUAGGAGAAGUGGGGGAGGAGCAGGAGGAAGGACAAAGAGAAAUAUGAUUCUGAUUCUAAAAGAAGAGGGACUUUGGUGUGGGGGUGGUGGAGAAAGGGUUAAAGAGACUAAUGGUAGAAACGACAGAGUGAGGAUGCCUGUGAUCCUUCAUUCUUUUCCAAACCCACGAAGUCUCUCUACAGGCCUGGGAACGGCUUCUGUCAUGGAGUCUAAAGAGUUUUGCAUUGAACAUGGAACCACGAAAGGAAUGAAGGGCUCACAAACCGAAUCCCUAGACUCCUAGGGGUCACAGGAAAUGAAGAUACCCCUCAGAAGUUCCUCUUUGCCAUUUUAUGAAGAGAAAGCUUCCAAGAAGUGAACCCACAGAUAUCACCCAAGAUCCUCCCUCCCCUUCUGAACUCUUCUGCGCUUCCCCUUCCCACAGUAAAAGGAAAGGCCUGGGUUUACUCUUCUCCCAAAAGGUGCCCUCAUUCCUCCACUUAAAACCUCUCAGCUAGACUCCCUGCCUGAUGAAGACCCAUUCCAAAUCCCUCCCCUGCUAGAACUGGCCUGGAACUAUUAGUUAUCAGUGGUCAUUUAGAGGCCUGACGUGUAUCCAACUUGGUAGAUAGGUGGGACUACAGAAACUCUGGGAGCUCAAUUAAAUCCAAAUGGAAUGGAAACCAGGCUAGAUUGAUGUGAGAAGGGUCACAAUCUCAAAAUGUAGGGCAAGGGAAGUGAAGCAUUUUCUGAUUAAAGCUUGCUCCCACUUUACCUUUAAGACAGCUGCUUCCCUGCUUUGGCUCAUUUCUCAUAUCUGAUCUGAAAUCACUAUUCCUCCACCCACUGGAGACAGCUCCAAUUACUUCCCUAUACUGACCAACCUCCUCAAUCUGGUCUUCAAGACUGUCAACAGUCAUGAUUACUUCCCUCCUCUUCUCUUUCCUAAUACCUUUUUUUGUGUGUGUGUGUGGCAAAAUGUCUGGGAACAAAGAGAUACUAGUCUGAAUCCCAGCUUUGUCACUUGCAAGGUGACCUUGGGCAGCUUAAUUAACUUCAAAGAGCCUGAAUUUCCUCACAGGGUUAGUGGGAUGAUCAAAUAGUACAAUGAGCUGGAAAAUACUUUGAAAAGUUUAAGUCACUAGGCAGUACAAGGUAUUGGCCAGCACUGGGGGUUGGCAGGGGUAAGCUUGUAGAUGCUAGACUCAUUCUGACAGGGCUCCUGGGUCAGAGGCAGGACUGGCAGCAUCUGAUGGGGUUCAGAUACUUCUAGGCCAUCCUGCCUCCUAGCAGAGCUGGGAACAGGACAGGCACUGACCAGAGGGGUUCCCUGGCCACCUGCCCAGGUGCUCAGAAUUGACAUCCCAUCUGGAUCGGACUUGUUCCCCUUUACCUCACCCAGCCCCAUCCCUGUCUGGCCUUCUAAGGCCCCUCUUGCCCCAGGGUCUGCUGAAAAAUCACUGUUCCCAUAAAAACUUUUAUUAGGAGCUUCACACAUCCCUCGUCACACCAUCUAUCCUGCAUGUUCGCUUUUUCAUCUAUGCUAAUUCCCGUAUGCAUGUACAUUGUGAGCUGUCCUCACACUGCUCCCCGAAGUCCAUUCUAACCUGGGUUGGUGACUACUUAGGGAACGCAGCCAGACUCCCUCACAGCCCAACCUUGGUUUAAUUGCCAAACACAGAAGGCCAACCUGGGCAUAGAAAUCAUUUUUUAAGUUAUCUAAUGUCUUCAAAAAAACCUAGGUGGUGCAAAUGAUUAACACACUCAGCUAACUGUUGACUAAAAGGUUGGAGGUCCAAGUCCACCCAGAGGCUCCUUGGAAGAAAGAACUAUAGAUCUACUUCCAAAAAAAUCAGCCUUUGAAAACCCUGUGGAGCACAGCCCUACUCUGACACACAUGGGGUCUCUGUGAGUCAGAAUCAACUGGGUUUUAAUAUCUCCAAAUGUGCCUAGACUCUCAACACAUCACUGCCUGUGCCAGCUCCAUCCCAGGUCACCUGGGGAGUUGAGAGUCUUGCCCCUCCCCCAGCCACAGUCAACAUUCAUCCCUCAUUCAAACAAAAUAGCCCAGAAGUCCAUUAGCCUAUGAGCUCUGUGAAGUCAGGAACUGAGUCUGCUCUACUCAGAAUUGUAUCUUCGGAUUGAAACAGCAAAUUUUUCAUGAUACGUAUUUUCCCACAUUAAAAAAAAAAAAAAAAAAAAGUAGAUGCGUGUAGUAAGAAACAAAUCUGUAUCUUCAGUGUCCAGCCUACGGCUUGGUAGAGGAUGAAUGAAUAUAUGGGAAAUGAAUAAAUGAAUAGAACCCAGAC